GGAAAAAGUUAAGUCAAAUUAAAAUCAAUGAAUUUUGAGCUCUAAGAUCUGAGAUCAAGGUUGUAAUGAAUGAUACCAUCCCCAGCUCCCAGAGUACUAUCGACCAUCUUUCAUUGAAGCAUUCGAUUGAUUAGAAAGUAGUACCCAUAGACUGACUGACACCCAAGAAUUCUUUCAUACCUUCUUUUUCGAGCCGCACGCGACCACAUAUACCAACUCUAUACCAUUCUCAUUUUCAGUUGACCGUUAUUUCACGUACCAAGCAGUACCGAUUUCUUUUUUUUUUUUUGAAUUUCAACCACCGACUAUUUACUAUACGGACUUUUGUUUGUUUUAUUUUAUUUAUUGUGACUUUUUUUUUAUUUUUACUUUUUAAGGUAUUUAUUUUUAAAUUGGUUGCCCAUUUGCGUGUGUUAGAGGUAAUUAUUAAUAUUUCAUUUGAAAAAAUACUUAUUUUUGUGUCGGUACUUAUCGGUACUUCGCGAGCGCGUUCGAUUUGUUUUUCUUUCCCUCCGGUAUAUAGGUACUUCAGUGAAAUAUUAAUGUGUUCAAUGGAUCAGCGUUUAUUUAUAUAAAGUGACAUUUAUGUACUACCAGAAUUGAAUUACUAAACCGAACAAUAGGAUUAUGGUAUUCGUUUAGCAAUUCUUCAACAGUUGACUGAUUUGUUCAAUCAAAAACCCAUCAACUAAUCUAAAAACUACAACCACAAUAACUUUACUCAGUUUCCACACAAAACUGGUAAUGAAGUGGUGGAAAGUGUUUUAAGUGAUAAGGAAGUUGUGUGAUAAAAAUUCGGAUAAACAAAACUUAGUGAGAUUUGGUCAGUGCGUCAUUAUACUUUAUUUUGAAAAGUGCCAUACAUAUUUAGAAAACAUUCAUCAUGUUGAACUGUACAGAUUUGGAAUGCAUCCUGCACCAUCACCAUUAUUAUGCCCACUUGCACCAUCACAUUCAUGGAACCCACGUGGACGAAGGAGGAAAUUUUUGGAAACCAUCUGAGGUCUACCAAUAAUGAGUUGCCAUCCAUAUCUCCGACAGUACUCCACGCGACCCUUAUUUGACCAAGGUUCUUGCAGGAGAUAAAAAGUCAAAUUCAUUCACUUUGCAACAAAUUCCAGUACAAAUUUAACAAAAAAAAAAAACUUUGAAGACGUCAAAAGGCAAGAUAAACAAGAACACAUUUGUCACCUAAUAUGGAAAUUCUCAAUUCAUAAUUCACUGAAUUUAAUAAAUAAUUAAUUUAAAAAUGGCAAAAUAUUUCCUUUCACAUUAUACUCUUAGCGUUGUGCCCUAGAAUCUUG